AUGCUGCGCGCUCCGCCGGCCACGUCGAGAUCGUCGCUGUUUCAAAGGCGCCGUGCUGUGGCUUGCAGCUGCCAAAGCGACAAGUCUCUGUUUGUAUUUGGGCUUGGCUACACCACCCUGGGUCUGGUCCGGCAGGCAGAAGCCCAGCAGCAAUGGUUCCGAGUGGUGUCCACCAGCCGCAGGCCCGACAGGCUGCUGGCGUUCGAGACUCAGGCGCACUCCAUCGUGCGGUUUGACCCUGCUGCUGACGGCGGCACUCUUGGGCCCGAGGCGAUGGAUGCGCUGAUGUCAGCCACCCACGUGGUGACCUCCGUACCGCCCGCCGGGUUACCCCUGUACGACCCCGUGACCCGCUCGCAGCUGAGGCUGCUACGGCGGCGCGCCGAGGCGGCGGCGGCUGGCGACGCGCCGUGGCUGCAGUGGCUGGGUGUGUUGAGCAGCACAAGUGUUUACGGCGACCACGGUGGCGAUUGGGUUGACGAGAGCUCUCCGACGCGACCGAGCAGCCGGGGGCUCGUGCGGCUGGAGCACGAGCGCGCAUGGGAGGCGCUGGCCGCGGCGGAGGGGCUGCCGCUCAACAUCUUCCGCCUUGGUGGCAUAUACGGCCCGGGCCGCAGCGUGCUGGACUCUGUGGCGCGCGACGCGGCUGACCUCAGCGGCGCUCAGAAGCGGCGCGGGCGGCAGCGCUACGUGUCGCGGUGCCACGUCGGGGACAUCGCGUCCGUGCUGCUCGCGAGCAUGGAUGCGGCGGGCGGCGGCGUCACCGCCGGCAGCGGCAGGGAUGAUGAUGAACGCAGCAGCAGCGGCGGCGGCGGCGGCCACGGCGGCGGCAGGAGCAGUGGUAGCAGCAGCAAAGGGCUGGUGUCAGGCGCAGGCGGCAGCACUGGAGGCAGCUGGGCCGCUCAGAUAUUCAACAUCGCCGAUGACGAGCCGGCCGGGCGGGACGAGGUCGAGGCGUACGCGCGGCAGCUGCUCAGCCUCCCGCCGGCCCCGGCGCCUGAGAUGCCGCUCGAAAGCGGCGCGCGGAAGCUCCAGCAGGCCGGCACAGACGACGGCGGAGGCGGAGGCGGAGGUGGCGGCGGCGGCGGCGGCGGCGGCGGCGGCGGCGUGGGGCUAGAGGAGAAGCGCGUGUUGAAUGAGAAGGUCAAGGCGGUGCUGGGGGUGCGGCUGCGGUACCCCACAUACAUGGAGGGCCUCGCCGCCAUCGCAGCCGGUGACGCCUUCCCGUUCCGCGAUCUCGCGGACGUGCGCGCCCUCAAGGGCUAA